CCGGAAAGACCGCAGCUGACGAACUUGCAAAUCGUUCCAGGUCACGACAGUAACCAAAGAUGGAGGCCGUGCCUCGUCUGCCGAUGCUUGCUUUCGAACUGAAACACAGCCCAGAGUAUGUAGAUUUCGGACCAACGCUAAAGAAGUAUAUUCAUGACUACUAUGGAGAGGAUCCUGCUCUUUACAAUAAAGCAUGUUCAGAUCUUGACCAAUUACGACAGAAUGCCAUCCAUGUGACCCGUGACUUUGUUGGCUGUGCAACACUAAAGAGGUAUUAUGCUCAGCUUCAUUUUCUUCAUGGUCGGUUUCCUAUGGGAGAAGGUGGUGAAGCUUCUGUCACCUUUACUUGGGAAGAUAACCAGACAGGGAGGGAUCAUAUGAUUGCUGACAUCAAAUUUGAACAAGCCUGCAUCUUAUACAAUAUUGGAGCUCUCCAUUCUAAUCUUGGAGCUAUUGAUACACGACAAAAUGCUGAGGGUAUGAAGGUGUCAUGUACUCACUUCCAGUGUGCUGCCUGGGCGUUUGAGUACCUGCGUGAUCACUUUGGCAGCUCCAGCAUGAGUACAGAUAUGUCACAUGAACUUCUUACCUUUCACAUCAAUGUGAUGCUGGCACAGGCACAAGAGUGUAUUCUGGAGAAGUCAAUGAUUGAUAGCCGAAAAAAUACCAUUACAGCCAAAGUGUCAGCACAGGUGGUGGAGUUUUACCGAAUGGCUGUGAAAAAUCUAGAUCAGUGCAAUGCUGAGCAAGUCAUCAACUCACGCAGCUAUAAGGACUGGCGAAAGCGCUUAGAGCUGAAAGUAGCCUUUUAUCAGUGUAUCACCAACUAUUACAUGGGCCGUCAUGCUGAAGAUCAGCAGAAGUGGGGUGAGCGCCUGGCCUACUUUCAGGUGUGUCAGAAUCAUCUAAAUGAAGCUGUCAAGUUUGCUAAGAAUGAAGUUCCUGAGAUGCAGGAAGCUCUAAGGUUUGCACAAGAUGUUGUUGGAGGAAAGUUGGCUGCUGCUCAAAAAGACAACGAUUUUAUUUAUCAUGAGAAGGUCCCUCCAAUUGAAAGCCUUCCUGAAGUGAAAGGAGCUCCUUUAGUGAAGGGCAUUCCCUUUGACCCCACAGAUGCAGAAAUCUCUGGGCCAGAUAUUUUCCAGAAAUUAGUACCAAUGGAAGCACAUGAAGCAGCAUCUGUUUAUAGUGAAGAGAAGGCCAAACUACUAAGGCAAGUGGGAGGAGAAAUUGAAUCAAAAAAUGCUGAACUUGAUCAGUUUAUGAACUCUCUUCAAAUAGACCAAAGUAUUUUUGACCACCUGCCAGAUCGCUUGCCUCAAGAGUUGCUGGGAAAAUGUGCAGCAAUGAGUGUCCGUACGAACGCAAUCAAGGAGCUUAUUGAUGCCAUGUCAGGAAUAUCUGGUUUGGCUACUGAAACAGAGAUGAAUAUCAAAGAAUUACAAGAACUCAUUGCUGAGGACAGUAGAAAGACAGAGGAAUUUGAGCAACAAUUUGGCAAGAAGAUGAUCAGCACUGUUCUCCCUAGUCUUUCCAAGGACUGUGAAGCUCACCUAGAGAAGCACUUCCAGGGCAGUCAACUCAACUCCACCCUUCAUGCAGCAAUGAAUACCCACAUCACCAACCUCCGCCUGCUGGUACUUCCACCUGAUGAGCUUCAGAGGCAGCUUCCUCCAGCCAAGCCACCAAGAAGUGCUGAAGAUGAAGAUAUUAUCAGUGAGAUGCGGAGACUUCUUAGCAAGAUAGAAGAGAUGAAAAACCAAAGGUCCUCCUUGGAAAAUCAGCUUAGGGAGCAGUUGCAAAAGGAUGACAUCACAAGUGUGCUAGUCGCCCAGGAGUCUUCCAGAGAGUCAAUAUACAAAACUCAGCUGAAGAAGCAUGAUGCUGUGGUCUCCCUCAUCACGCAAAAUUUGAAUGCUCAGUCUAAUAUCUUGCGAGCCCUGACAGAUACUAAUGCAAAGUUUGCAACACUCCGCCAAGCUGCCCUUCAGUACUCAGCCAAGCGAGAAGCUGUAGUGAAAGACCUCAUCAAUUCAUUUGAAAAAUACGAAGAACUUCUUGCAAAAUCACAAAAAGGGCAGGAGUAUUACUGUCGUUUGAACGAGGCUGUAAUGAAGACUUUAGAAAGAUGCCGUAGUGAAUGCAAAGUCCGACAGGAAGAAAGAGACAUGCUCAUUACAAAAUAUGCUCCCAAAGCUCCACCACCAUCUCGGCCAAGUGCGCCUAAACCUGGUCAGCCACCACAGCCAAGUGUGCCAGCCACAGCACCAGCCAGCAUGACUGCUGCAGCUUUAGCAGUUUCUGCAAGUGUUGGGGAAGAGUUUGAUGGGCAUCCACCUACAUCUACUGUUUCUGCCCCUCUUUCAGCUUUUGAGGGUCCUAGGCUGAAAGAUUACUUGCCAUUUAUGAAACCCCAGUCUUUUGGACCAAACAGAUCUACACCCUCACCUCAAAGUCUACCGCCUGGAUCACCAGAUGUCACCUUGAGUGGCCCACCCUCCUUGUCGUCGGAUUCAAGUUCACCUAAGCAUCGGUCUCAUGCAGUUUCAAAUAAUGCAGAUCCCACAGCAGCACUGCCACAUGGCAUACAGGGACAUGUUGUGGGCAUGGCGUACUCAGCUCCGGAUGUGACAGCAAUCACAAACACGCCUGCAAGAGACCUAGACACCCAGCGUCCAUCUAUGCCUGGAACAGGACAUCAGCAGCUGCAUACUUCUCCACCAGAUAUUACUGCCAACAUUCCCAUAACACCAGGGCAGGCACUCCAGUAUGCAAGUUUGUCAGAUGUGUCUCAUCAGAGUCUUUCGACGGGAAGGUAUCCUCAUUUUAGACAGACAGACGUCCCUGGUGUUGCAAAUUUUUCUUCGCUGCCCAGAGAUAGUGCGGGUGGCUUAGGGCAAGGCAGGUAUCAGGAUUUCAUGGCAGGCAGCUUUCUUCCUGAAAGGGUUAGUAGUCCAUCUUCUAGCACUGAUUCCAUGGCCUCCUCAGGCUCUUUGCAUCCUGGAUAUGGAUUAGACAGCUCUACAAGCUUGACAGCAGGACAAGGACUUCCAUACAUGGCUUCAGGCUCAGCAGUGUCUGCUCAACUUUCUUCCAGUGUUUCAUCUACUACCUUGCCUCACAGCAUUCCACCACAUAUUCAGCAGCAACAGAUACAGAUGGGACAGAGUUUUCAACCACCACACAUCCAGCAGCAGCAGCAGCCACAGCCUGGACAGAACUUUCAGCCACCUCCACAACAGCAGCAAAAACAACCUGGACAAAGCUUUCAGCCACCUCCACAACAGCAGCAACAACAACCUGGACAAAGCUUUCAGCAACCUCCACAACAGCAGCAACAACAACCUGGUGUUUAUGGGCAGGUGCCAAAGAUUGUACCACAGCAAGGCUUGAUCAGGCCAGAUUUACCUUCUUCACAGGUGCUACACCCUUCUACAGUUUCUAGCUCCACUGGCUAUCAGCUGCAGCAAGGGAUGUACGUUUCUGGGAGAGUCUCUGCCAGUGGACACAUUCCACAGCUGAUGACCGGCUACAGCACUGCAGGAGGUGCUGGUCCCACAGCGGUAAAUCAAGCAUACCCUGGGCAGUCACUCCAACAGUAUCUCCCUGCUACUGCACCCCAACACACGCAACCACAGCUUCAGGGGCAGUCUGGUCAGCAUCUUCCUCAGAGUGCAUUAACUUCUGCCCAAAGUCACAUGACUGGUGCACCUGGCACGGUGCCUGCGAAUGUGUCAGCAUUGACUCACCCAUCUCAGCAACCUGCCGUCCCCAUGUCUACCUCUUAUCAGGGUCAGCAGACGUGGGGAAUGCACUCAGGUGUCCAGGGCGGCUACACCCAGCCGACGUUUGGUGGGCACGCUUCCACAGUGGGUCAGCAUUCGCAGUCUGUUUCAGCAAGCCAAAUUGCUUCAAAUGUGGGAAACCAGGAUGCAGCUUCAAGAUCGUUUGGAGGACCUGGAAGCGCGAUGGUGGCCGCCCAGCCAGGACAACUGAUGCCUCAACACCAGCAACAACAGUUUUCCGCGGUUAUGCAGCAGAGCCAACAACCCUCUGGUCAAAUGGCACCAUAUCUUCCUCCUCAGCCAGCCUCAGGUCCAGCCUUGUCUUUUGCUAAUCAGUUUCAAGCGACAGGCCAGAGACAGGUGCCACAGCAUGGUACAGGUUCUCAACGAGAUGCAGCAGCGCCUUUUGUUGCUGGCUCACAGGCACCACCGGGGCCACAAUCUUAUCCUGCGGCAGCAGGCAUGACCCAUCCUCUAGUACAACAGACACCUCAGUCGUCCCAACAAAUACCGUACUUUUCCCCUGGAGUUCUACCUGGGACAUCAGCGUCUAAUUUACCUGGAAGCCAGCCAUCUCAGCUGCAUCCACAACAGCAGCCUAGGCCACCUGAUGGUAGCGCAAAUUUUGGAAUUCUGCAAGGCAUUAAGCAGGGACCUUCUCCGGCAUACGGCAGUACCCAGCAGUUUACUGCCAGUCAGGGUGUCCAUCCACAGGUUCCAGCAACCCCACCAGCGGUAACAGGGCAGACGACUGGGUACAUACAGCAACAGCAGCAGCAACAGUUGCCUGGCUAUCGGGAUCAACAGCCACAAGUCCAGUCUGCUUUUCCUGGCUCCCAAUCACAGUACGCUCAGCAACCCAUCCCGCAACAAACAGUACAGCAUUUCCAGCCAGUAAGACAACAGCAGGUGGCAGGCCACCAUCAGAGUCCAGGCUCACAAUAUUCUGCACCCCAGCAGCAACAGUAUUCCCUGGCUGAGCAAAAACCGCCGGCUCAGUUUUCACAGUUUUCUUUGCAGCCUCUGGCCCAGCAGCCCGAGGCCCACCUCAUAUUUCCAACCCCCCUUCAGCCUUCAAGAGUGCAAUCAGCAGAUGCGAUACCCUCACCCCAGCAGGUAGUGGUACCCUUUGCAACUAACCACCAGCAGCUUGGUCCCCAACCGGUGCAGGUGUCUUCUCAGGACCUGACCCACAGCACCACACCUUCGUUGGCUCAGCCUCAUCUUCCUGCACAGACCAUGGUGCAGUCCCCUGUGCAACCUCCCCAUGUUUCAGGACAGUCUUCAGUCAGUACAGUCUACAGCACCAGUCUGUCCCGGCAGAAGUCAUCACUGGACGAGCUGCUGUCCUCCAGCCCAGAGGACUCCAAAAAGUCAUCCAUCCCUGAUCCCAUCAUCACACCCAAAGUGCUGACGGAUCAGGAGAAGCAACAGCAGAAAGAGGAAGCCAUGAAGACGGGAGGUAUUGUGGAGAAAGUCAAGGACCCUUACGAGAACAGCUGCCUUCUCAAUAAGUUUGUGUCUGAUGUCGAAGCUUUUGGCAAGUUUGUGGAUGAACUUUCUGUGUCCAUCUUGGGAGUCUCUCGGCUGGAUACAGUCUGGAAGAGCAUUAUAGACAGUCAGGACCACGAGCUCAAGAAGCACUCCAUUGCCAUUGCGCGCUGCUAUCCUUUAAAGAACCGCGACCCGGACAUCAUGCCAUAUGAUGAAACAAGGGUUGUACUUUCCACGACCAAAGAUGACUACAUUAAUGCCAGCUGGGUCAAUGAUCUCGCACCCUCCUGCCCCAAGUUCGUGGCAACCCAGGCGCCGCUGGGCGUCACUCUCACCGACUUCUGGAUCAUGGUGUACGAGUUGGGCUCUGAGGUCAUCGUGCAGAUCAGCAGCGACUACGAGACGGGAAAGAACUUCCCAGUAUACUAUCCUACAGAAAAGGGACAGCAGAUGGAACAAGGACCUAUAGUCCUCACCCUCCAGUCUGUCAAAUAUCGACAGCUGUGGACUGAGCGUAAUGUCUAUCUCAAGCAUUCACAGACAAAGCAGGGCAGAACGGUGAUUCAUCUCCAGUUCAAAACCUGGCCAGUCAGUGGCUUUCCAGAUGACGUGCAGCACGUGUGUCGUUUUAUCUCUGAGGUCCACAGUUUCUACCAGCAGCAGCGAAGUCUGCUGAAGCCCAUCAUAGUCCAUUGCGGGAGCGGCAUCGGCAGGACGGGGGCCUUCCUGCUCAUCUACACUGGGAUGCAAGAGAUUUUGCAUGGUAGCGGGAUGAUCGACAUCCGGGCUCUGGCCAAGCGUAUGCUGCAAAAGCGCAAGAACAUCAUUCACAAGAAAGAGCAGCUCAAGUUCUGCUACGACGCCCUGCUGUGUUUCGCCGAGGACUUCCUCAAGAAACGGAACAUCCUGGUCCACCACCCACAUUUCGAGAAGAAACAGAAGAUCGCCGAACCGCCGCCGCAGCCGAGCCACUCGGAUGACAUCGUACUGGGUUCUGUGGACCUGCAGACCAUCCAGCAGACCGUGGGACGACUGCACAUCCAUGAUGACAAAGAAAAGGCAGUGCCCAGCGCGGGCGACGAGCCCGACCAGGCAGCGGCUACGCUUCCCGCUAGCGGCAAGGAACCCGACGCUUUCGCCGCGCUGCCGGACCUCAUUCAGCAGCAGCCCCGCAACAGCGACAGCGGCGUGGUGGGUAGCCUUUCGGGGUUGCAGGGAUUCGUCGCGGAGGACCGGUCGUCGGGAGUGGCCAGCCCUAAGACGCACAGCCGCUCGGGCUCGAACGCUUCCAUGCACAGCUUGGGAUCCCUGGUAGGCUCGGGCUCCUCGCGCUCCUCCCCGCAACACGGGCCCUCUCCGGCUCUAUCUGUGGGUGGCGUGGCGGCGGCCAGCCUGUCGCAGACGCUGGCAGACCUGCAGGACCCCAAGAAGUUCACCCUCGGCAAAGCGGAGCAGAAGAACGCAUCACCAGGGACAGUUUCGACAAGAAAGGGUGCCAGCGCGGGACUGGAGGCGGCUGUCGACCCUGACGACCCGCUGAGCUCUCUGGACCCUAUGUGGAUAAGCCACAAGCCCCGCCAGCAACAGUCCAACAAGAACUGACCACAGAAGUUUGUUUUUAAUUAUUAUUUAAACCGUACAAUGGCAACAACUUAAUUAACAGCUUGAAGAAACAUUAUUGUGUAUUUUGAUUGGAGUUUUUUACUCUACUCCAUGCUCACUGUAUUAUCAUGCAAAUUUCGGGAGUGUGUAUGUAUGUAUGCGCGCGUGCGUGUAUAUUUCGGACUGUAAUUUUGUAAUGAAGAUAUCCUACAUUUGUGUAACUUUUUUCUUUUAACAAGUAAUCGUACCAGUAUUUAAUUUGCAAACAUUGUAAGGCAUUGUACAUAUUCGUUCAAAGUAAAUGUAAAAUUACUGAGAAGUCAUUCCUCUUAAUAUAGCACAUACCGCUUCGGGCAAGAACGCUUACUUGCCAACACCUCGCUGUUGUAAUUGUUAUUCUGUUCACACCAAAGCACGGUAAUCACACAGACGAGAGUCGCCUUUUCCCAAGUCGAGGAUGUUUUAUGGUCAGCGGUCGUCUGUGUAUUGUGUAUUGUUUUAAGGGCUCCUUCUGUGACCGUGUAAGGUCAGCACACCCAUUCUUCCGAAAUAAAUGUCGUAGUGUUUUUGUGAUGCAUUUGUCAUUUUCUUUUCCCAUCCUUGGAGAAUCGGUGGCGAACGAAGAGCAAACCAGUGCCGGGCAGGGCGCUGUGUGGACUGACUCAUCGUUGCUCCCAUGUUUUUUCUUGGUUUUUUUAUUACUUUUUUUUAAUCUGUUGUUCUGUUCCCUGUUAUCACAGGGUGGAAAAUAAGCGAUUUGCGUUAUUGUUGAAAGAAGUCAUUGUAAUCGUGACAAAUAUCAGACAUGGACUUGACGUUUUCUACAGUGUUGUUCGUUGAUAUGACGAAUAUUACAGGUAAGCUUCCUUCCUCACUCUUUCUCCCUCCAUUCUCUCCUUUACUUCUUAUUAUUCUUAUUAUUAUGUUGCCUUGUCCAUUUUAGUUCUUGGGGUUUUACUGUUUUGUUAUUUUGGGGGAAAAAACGUACCAAACUGUGUGUGUGAGGGAGGUGGGGAAGGGAGAGGAAUGGAAGAUACUUUGUUGAUGAAUGCAGUAAAUACAUAAGUACAAUUAAGAGCAUUUUGGUUCAUUUCUGUAUAUCAUACAUCACCUCAAUCGCACUUGUGAUUUUUUAUGUAAUCUGCACAAGGAGCAAAGGAUCUAUAUAAAAGUGCAAUAUUCUUUUUUGCCAAAGUGUCAAAGCCUGCCACCCGCAGGUCGAAAAUCACGGAGACAAUAGAAGAGCCAUGUCAGUAGGUGUUCAGGUAAUAUCUGGUGAAGUCAAUAGAAGGUUCUGCUCCUGCGUCAAAGGAGCAAUCUUAUGCCUUCGUUUGGUGAAUGGUAUUUAAAAGUCUGCAAACGCCUCGGCGAAACCUGAGUUGGUCUGGCUUCUUGUUACUGGACGUUAUUACGAAGCUGUCAGUAAUAACACUCACUCCAUCCUACGACUGUUUUCUCCUCCCAGAUAACCAUCUUUAUUCUUUCUCCUUGUACGAUGGUUUGUUUCCAAAAUGGUUGUUCGCGAUGUUUGCCAUAUUCGAAGCAUUCUUCAUGAUGAACCAAAGAUGAAAUGACAAUUUUCUAUAGUAUACGUUUUCACAUCUUUCUCGAAAAGGAAUAUUUUGGAUAAUAGCAGAAUUUUCGGAUAAUAGUAAAAAGGCCUUCAGUCUGCUGUCUAUGGCCGUCAUGGUAGUCCAGCUGUCCCAACAUGUGAUAAACAUGGAAUAUGUUGACGGUUGGGAUUUUGUUUCAUUGCACUAAAACCUUUACUGUCUUCAGUCAUCAGUUUGAAGUCAAGCUAUUGGGCAUGAGGUAUGUGAUCUAUAGCUGGAAAACAGCUUUUACUGAAGCUGUAAUCUACCAAGAUAUAGUCUUGUGUAGUUACAGCUGCUACAUAUUCCUUGGUAGCGGCAAACCCACCCACCCCACUAUAUUUGUACAUUUCUGAACUCUGCAAGUGUGGAGCGAGCGGGCAGUGUCACAGCACUUGAACAGUAAAGGUCCAUAUGGUUGUGAUAUAGACUGCAUAAAUCUGUCAAGUCUGGUUCACUUUGUGAACUCGGAUCCACCAAUUUAUCUUUUUGGGAGAGUUUUGCUAAGAUAUUUUUUUUCUACUUCUGUUGCAACUAGACAUACGUACCUGAGAAGUGGGAGGAUCAGGUGAAGAGCGAGAAGUGAAGGAUGUGCAGGUAAAAAGUGCGAACACUGAUCAAUCAAAUUUAAAAGUGAUAUGCUGUCCCUUUUUAUAAUUCUAGUUUUCGUGUCAAAGCUCUCUAUUUGCACCUAUUAUGCAAACAGAAAAACACGAUUAUGAUUUUUAGUACUCAAAAUUUAAAUAAAUAUAUCGCUUGUGAAGCCACAGAAGACAAAUAAUCCUUAGCUCCUUAUUCUGAAAAAAAAUCGCACUAAUUUGGAGGCAUGUGUAUGGCGUUUGUCAAAUUUCCUUAUAAAUGUAUUUUUGUUUUCUUAUUUGUCGGAUUCUUCAAAUAUCUUGCCAUCUGAUGUGCAUUUCAUUUGUGAUAUUUUUGUUUGGCUAUCAUGACUAUGACAGUAAUAAAAGUACACUACAUAACAGUCA